GCGCAAAAGGACCCCAGCGUUUAAAGCGGCAUCCACUCAUGGCUCGUCUUCCAUUAGUUUAACUCCCUCCAACUCCUUGAAAAACGCAAGCUUUGCCGACGAAUCUCAUCUGAUCACUUGUUUAAAAAAUAAAAAUCCCCACAAUCUCCACCAACCAAUCGAGCGAAAACCUGAUCCCAACUCGAUCCGACCGCAUCCGAUGAUGUCGGGGACGAGGAUGCCGACGUGGAAGGAGAGGGAGAACAACAAGCAGAGGGAGCGCCGGCGGCGAGCGAUCGCCGCCAAGAUCUACGCGGGUCUGAGGACCUACGGUAACUACAAGCUCCCGAAGCACUGCGACAACAACGAGGUCCUCAAGGCCCUCUGCGACGAGGCUGGAUGGACCGUUGAGCCCGACGGCACCACCUACCGGAAGGGAUGCAAGCCGGCAGAGCCCAUGGAUGUAGCGGGAACUUCAGCCUCACCAAGUCCAUGCUCAUCAUACCAACCAAGCCCAUAUGCCUCGUAUAAUCCUAGUGCUGCCUCCUCUUCCCUCCAUAGCCCAGCAUCUUACGUCAAAAACACCAACAAUCCUAUCAAUGGUGUCCCCGACGCGAACUCUCUUAUACCUUGGCUAAAAAACCUCUCUUCAGCAUCUUCAUCCUCUGCCUCUUCAAAACCCCCUCACCAUAACAACCUCUACAUACACACUGGGUCCAUAAGUGCACCGGUGACUCCUCCCCUUAGCUCACCAACUGCUCGAUCCCCACGAAUGAAAACCGAACCAUCAUGGCAUCCCGAGACCCACUACACAUUCCUACCAUCUUCAACCCCGUCGAGCCCCGGUCGUCAGAUUUUACCUGAGCCCGUGUGGCUUGCAGGGCUCCAGCUUAAAUGGGGCCAUCGAUCGCCCACCUUCAGCCUUGUUUCACCGAACCAAUUUGGGGCUUUUUCAAGGGAGGGAUCACGAGUGAAGGGAUCUUCCGAGAUGUGGACCCAGGGACAGAGUGGGAUGUGUUCGCGCCCGUUAUGCCCGCGGGGACCCCGCCGAGGCGAUGUUCAUAUGAUGGAUUGUGCGUCCGAUGAAUUUGCGUUUGGGAGCAGCAGUAAUGGUGAAGUCCCUGGUGGAAGUUUGGUGAAGGCAUGGGAGGGGGAGAGGAUACACGAGGAUUGUGGGUCUGAUGAGCUCGAACUCACUCUUGGGAGCUCGAAGAAUCGGGCUGAUAUUUGAUGAAAAAGCAAGGGGAGUAUCAUCGACGUCUGUUGUUCAGUUUAUCUAUUUAACAUGAAAUGUUUAUUUAUGAUAUCAAAAGAGAGAGAGAGAGGGAAGCAGGGAUUAUGAUUGUGGUUCUUGCAUGCAGCCUCCAUCCUCUUUCAGUUAACUGGGAUGGUAAAAUUAUGGGAAAAAGUUGGUAU